ACCCCCAUAUGAUGGUUGACAUGAUCUUUCUCUUAUUGUUAUUUAGAUUGAAAGAAGCAGAAGUGGGUUGUGGUGUUCUGGUCGAGUGUGACAACACCAUAAAAGAGACAAAUUUUGAACAUUUGGAGGUUUAUAAAAUCUGCCGUCUGCAGGGCAACACAGUGGACUACCACAGGCACCACUAUGCAAUAGGACUUCCCGAGGGAGUGAAGGACCUUCCUCCCGGGGUGGCUCUUCCUCUGGAGGUCAACCUGGUCUACAUGCAGGGCAUCAGCUUCAGUAAGGGCUGUUCCAUCGGCCAGGACUCAUCACAACGGGGUGGAACGGAAACAUCUGAUGCCGUACGCACGUCGGCACUACCCGAAGGAUUGGCACCUCAGACCCAGUCUGGCAAGUCAGCCGGGAAGCACAGGGCCGGGCUCAUGCCAAAGAGCCAUUAACACUCAAGGCUUCUGAGGACACAGUCUCUGGAGGAAUCCGUGCAAUACUGGUGGCCCAAAGACUCUUAAAGCCAAAUGAAGAUAAGAGGUAUUUGACCCCUUGACCCCAACAAUAUGAAACGCACACAUGUUGAAAUGAGCCAGAUCAUACUUACAUGGAUAAUGUACAUAAAGUUCAAAUGUUCUUAUUCCAAAUCACCUAGUACAGUAUUUCACUGCUGGCA